ACAUUUCAGCAGUCUUCUCUACAGCAGAAAAGUAAAAAGAAGAACAAAGCUCCUAUUCCUGGUAAAAGCAAAAGACGGAUCUCAUGUAAAGAUCUUGGUCGAGGGGACUGCGAAGGCUGGCUUUGGAAAAAGAAAGAUGCCAAGAGUUAUUUUUCCCAGAAAUGGAAAAAAUACUGGUUUGUCCUGAAGGAUACAUCUCUAUAUUGGUAUAUCAAUGAAGAGGAUGAAAAAGCGGAAGGAUUCAUCAGUCUACCUGAAUUUAAAAUUGACAGAGCCAGUGAAUGCCGCAAGAAAUAUGCAUUCAAAGCCUGCCAUCCUAAGAUCAAAAGUUUUUAUUUUGCUGCUGAACAUCUAGAUGAUAUGAACAGAUGGCUAAACAGAAUUAACAUGCUUGCUGCUGGCUAUGCAGAAAGAGAGAGGAUCAAACAAGAGCAAGAUUACUGGAGUGAGAGUGAUAAGGAGGAAGCCGACACUCCAUCGACACCCAAACAAGACAGCCCACCACCCCCAUACGACACAUACCCACGGCCUCCUUCGAUGAGCUGCACAAGCCCUUACGUGGAGCCAAAACACAGCCGACUCUCGUCCACGGAGACCUCCCAGUCACAGUCGUCACACGAGGAGUUUCGCCCGGAGGCGGCAGGGAGCGCCACGACGGCGAGCCAGCGGCGCUCCUGGCAGGACCUCAUAGAGACACCACUGACAAGUUCAGGACUCCACUACCUGCAGACGCUGCCGCUGGAGGACUCUGUGUUCUCCGAGGCGGCCGUGGUCUCCCCUGAGCACCGGCGGCAGUCGACCUUGCCCACCCAGAAGUGCCACCUGCAAGACCACUAUGGCCCCUUCCCCCUCGUGGAGGGUGAGCGGAUGCAAGUGCUGAAUGGGAAUGGGGGAAAGCCCCGAAGUUUCACUCUGCCUCGGGAUAGCGGCUUCAACCACUGCUGCCAGAGCCUUUCAGUCGGUGCCAACGAUCACCACGAAGAAGUGCAGCAGAAGGAGGUGGAGGAGGAGGAGGAAGAGGAAGGCAAAGCAGCAGAAGAAAACCAGGAAGAUAAAA